UCUGUCAGUGGUCUGGAAAUGCCAAAGCGCCUCCUCGCUGCUCACGCGCUCACACACACAAAGCAGAGCAGAGGUUCCGGUGGCGCGAGCUGAAACGAGCCACUGAUGCCGCUUCUUCGUUUAGGUGCUUAACUGCUCCUUAAACAAAACACCGAGGGAACCCUUAUCCUCCGACGUUGGGCUUUUUUCUUUUAGUUUUUUGUUUUUGUGGUUUGCGAGUUUAGACACAGGAUUGUUUUGUGAUGGGUGGUGGAAGCGAAUUGCGGAUUUUUUCUCUUUUUAUGGAGAUCGAAGUGAGCAGAUUUCCUACUGUUGAAAGCAAGUUUUAUCCCGAUAAGAAGCAAAUGGUGGAACAGAGGAUUCUUUAGGGGCAAAAAAGGAUAUUUACUCCAGAGAAUAACACUUUUCACGCGCAGUUUUCCAAACAGAGAAGGGUUUUUUUUUCUGGUCCGCAACAUUGGAUUGGAUUUUACUGUUUGACUGACGCAGCAUCCUUUUGGAGUAUCUUAUUUGGAGAUUUCCGUCCUUUUAUUCCACAUUUCUGGGAAGAAACUAGAGAAAGAAACCCCAAGUUAUGGAGAUGCCAAUGAAAUAAAAUCUGCAUAUUCAGGUCAAAUGACCGCUUUCACUCGUUCUCCAAUCUGACCACCUUAUUUAUGACAUGGAAAAACGAGGACCCCACAGCGUCCUUUAUUAUUUCAUUCUUAAUGCGCCCCUGCUACUCUGUGUAAAUGCCACAUUUUCUGAAGUGCCCAAAGAUGUGACUGUCGGUGAGGGCGAGGACAUAGAGAUGCCGUGCGCUUUUCGAGCCGUCGGAGUCUCGCCGUUCUCCCUGGAGAUUCAGUGGUGGUACCUCAAGGAAGCGGCCCCGAAAGAACUCGCUCACGAACUGCAAAUUAGUGCUCCGGCCAAUAGAGCCAAGGUUGCCCCCCGGGACGCCACGAAAAUCAGCACGGUGAGAGUCCAGGGCAAUGCCAUCUCCCACAAGCUCAGCUUAUCGGCUGUGAAGAAGGAAGAUGAAGGAGUGUAUGAGUGUCGGGUUUUGGACUUGUACUCAGAUGAGACUCAGGAAUUUAAGGUGCAGGCCACACUGCGCGUGACUCCCCGCGAGGGAAUGUUGGCCGAGGAGGCCGUGUCUCACAUCCAGAACCGAUGGCCUUUGAGGAACAGCAACACAGCGACAGGUGGACGGGCCACUUCUGAGCCGGGCCAGGGUCAGGGAAAACCCCGCGUGCCUCCGCCGGCUGGAAUGGGACCUGCUCCCGCCUCAACGACUACGACCAGCUCUGCAGUCAAGUCGUCCGCUUCGCCUCGACCGGGCAAUUCAUCUAUCCUGAGACAACAGCACGGAUCCGGUUCCGGAACAAUGGCGUCCACUGAGCCUCUUCUUUACAUCACUCUGCUGAUCCUGCAUAAGUUCCUCCCCUUCCUGUUUGCCUACUAAGAGACCACAGCCAAACAACUCGUAAUGAAUUCACUUUAUGUACCAAACGACAAAGGGAAAAUAUAACUACGUAUAUAUAUAAAUAUAUAUAUAAAUAUAUCUACCAUUAUGGCACAUCACAGAGACAGGAAUGGGUUUUGACUUUGGAGACAAAAAAAUAUAUCAGAAUAUUAAAUGGAGGGCCAUGUUCUGUUCUGGGACUUGUGUAGAAGAUCUGUCUCAGAUCCGGAUGUAAAAAUGGAUUCUAAAAGAAGCAUGACAAAAAAAAAAGAACAAAAAAAAAGGAUCUAUGUGAAUUAGAGCUUCACAACUGUGUCAUACACAUGACUGACAACCAUAAACGCUGCAUCCAGUUUCCAAAUAUUAGUGUUUGCCUUGCUAAAUGCAUGGCUCUCUUAAUUUAUUAUGAUUUUGUUUUUAUUAUGAUUUUUAUUUUAUUUCAGUACUAAAAUAAUUUACAUUUUUGUACCUGAUAUUGAAUCUUUAGAGUUUGUAGUUUAUGUUUUUAUGGAAGCUUGUUUCUGCCACUGAAUUGAAAAAAAUAAAGAGGCAAUUGCAACUUUGAAUGUCACAAAUAUUGAUUCAUUUUUUCACAAAUUGCAAGAUUUUCAGAAUCACAAUAGCGUGUUAUAAGGUCAUAAUUGUGAGAUAUAAAUGUGCAAUUUUAAACUGUGAGUUAUAAAGUCAGAAUUGUGAGAUUUAAACUUGCAAUUAUACGGUGGCCGAGAGAGCUUAACGUGCAAGAAAACACAUGCAAUUAUAAAAACACCAGCAAAUUAAGAAACGAUCUUCAUCAGUUUGACAGCACACAUGAUGCAAAUUCUCACAACACAAACAACUGAAAAAAUGCGCUGCAUUUGGUCACAACACAAACAACUGUAGAAAUGCGCUACAUUUGGUCACAACAUAAACAACUGAAGAAACGCGCUGCAUUUGGUCACAACAUAAACAACUGAAGAAACGCGCUGCAUUUGGUCACAGCACAAACAACUGAAGAAACGCGCUGUAUUUGGUCACAACACAAACAACUGAAGAAAUGCGCUGCAUUUGGUCACAACACAAACAACUGAAGAAACGCGCUGCAUUUGGUCACAACACAAACAACUGAAGAAACGCGCUGCAUUUGGUCACAACGCAAACAACUGAAGAAACGCGCUGCAUUUGGUCACAACACAAACAACUGAAGAAACACACUGCAUUUGGUCACAGCACAAACAACUGAAGAAACGCGCUACAUUUGGUCACAACACAAACAACUGAAGAAACGCGCUGCAUUUGGUCACAACACAAACAACUGAAGAAACGCGCUGCAUUUGGUCACAACACAAACAACUGAAGAAACGCGCUGUAUUUGGUCACAACGCAAACAACUGAAGAAACGCGCUGCAUUUGGUCACAACACAAACAACUGAAGAAACACACUGCAUUUGGUCACAGCACAAACAACUGAAGAAACGCGCUACAUUUGGUCACAACACAAACAACUGAAGAAACGCGCUGCAUUUGGUCACAACACAAACAACUGAAGAAACGCGCUGCAUUUGGUCACAACACAAACAACUGAAGAAACGCGCUGCAUUUGGUCACAACACAAACAACUGAAGAAACGCGCUGCAUUUGGUCACAACGCAAACAACUGAAGAAACGCGCUGCAUUUGGUCACAACACAAACAACUGAAGAAACGCGCUGCAUUUGGUCACAACGCAAACAACUGAAGAAACGCGCUGCAUUUGGCCACAACACUAUCAGCUUUAAUAAUGCAACCUUUCAGUUCAUCAUCAAUUAGGCUAAUAAUUUUAAAAAGGCAACGAAAUCAGGAUACUCAUAUUUCAAAGUAGGGCUGUGUGUGAUUAAUCGAAAUCGAAUCGCAAUCAUGACUUGAAAGAGGCUGCGAUAUGAAAUAUACAUGUAUUAUUUAAUUUCCCCUGCCUAUAGCAAAUGCGUGACUGCCAUUUGUGUGUGAUAGUCUUACUAACUGAUUAAGUGAGCACACUUUCGCUCUGCCCAAUCAGAAUUGCGCAACCAAACAAUGAGGAAUGCCCACAAUAAAAACAAAAAAAAAAAAACAAACAGGAAAACGCGGACAAGUGGAAUGAUGGCGUCUGCCGCUUCAGAAGCAUGAAUAGACGAAUUCAUAUCAAAGAAAAACAGUACAUCUGUAAUAUGGAAAUAUUUUGGUUUCAAGUCACAGACACUGAACAAAAACAGGUCAUUUGUAAGAGCUGUUGCAGAAUUGUUGCCAGAGUACAAGGAAAUACAACAACCAGCACCUAAAAAAGCACCACAUGCGGCUAUAUGGGGAGCGUCUUGCUAAAAAGUAAACUGAAAGUAACUGAGCCAGUGAUACUCAAUCUAUAGUAGCAAACAACAGCAAAGUACAAUUUCAGAGUUAUUCCAGCCAUGUUAGUUUGCUGAAUGUUCUGUAUUUUCAUAAUUAUUAUUUUUUGUUUGUUUUUAUAAAAAGCUACAUGAUCUCCCUAAUUUGAGUUCAACUUGUUUACAGAAAGAUGAGGUCAUUUUAUUUGUUUUCUGUUUUCUCUAGAGAAAAAAAAAGAGUGUUUCAUUUCUGAAUAUUAAAAGUAAAUUUGAAUAAAUGUUUAAGUUAAUAUCUUUUCAGUUCCUUUUUUUAACUAACACACUGCAUUUUAGCAGUAAGAAGCUACAAAACAGAAUAUUGAGCAGAAGCUAGACUGAAAAAUGUAAUCACAAAUCAAAUUAAAAUUGCUAUAUCAGUCAAAAAAAAAAAAAAAAGCGCAGUUAGAUAUUUCUCCCACAUUGCACAGCCCUAUUUCAAAGACCACCAACAACUUCAUUGAGCAACAGUCACGGCAUAAUAACACAUCCAUAUCUCAGCCAUAUCUUUGGCUACCCUUGAAACAUUUCCGUUGUGCUACGUGGAUAUUUGUAAGUGUUGUGACCAAAUGCGGUGCGUUUUUUCAGUUGUAUGUGUUGUGAGAAUUUGCAACACGUCUGCUGUCGAACUGACGAAGAUCAUUUCUUAA